UGGCAGGUUUAUUUGUCAUGCUCAAUGCUCAGUUUCUGGCUGUCGUCCACGUCAUUGUAUAUGCCGGUGCGAUCAUGGUUUUGUUCCUGUACGUCAUCAUGUUUCUCAAUAUGAGUACACCUAUCACCAUACGGAAAAGCAAGUUGGUCAUGGGUAUUGCUGUAUUUACAGGAUUAUUAUUGUGUUUUGUGUUGACAACGGCAUUGUGGAGUACCGAUUUUGGCAGUAAUCCUGCUGUUGUGGAUCAAAAUAUAGGCCUAGCUUCCACAUUAGGAAAAGUAUUGUUCAAAGAAUUUUUAAUACCUUUUGAAGUAUCAAGUGUCUUGUUUCUUUCAGCGAUGGUAGGCGUACUCUUACGAAGAAAUUUGAUCAAUGUAUUUUUGAGUAUUGAAUUAAUGCUAAAUUCGGUCAACUUACUAGCAGUGGCAUUUUCAGUUUAUCACAAUGAUCCUAAUGGGCAGGCUUUUGUCUUUUUUGUGAUGGUCGUUGCAGCAGCUGAAGUGGCUGUUGAUAUUUUACAUAAUCUCCCUGUCGUCGCCCUUCUCCUUCCAUUGAUUGGAUUUUUGGGAUAUCUUUGGUAUGGACGAUGGCUCUCAGAAAAACAAGCAGGUACCUUGGCUAGUUCUUGGGUAGUUGUUUCUUUCAUUUUAUCCGUGGUAUUAUUUUUCGAAGUAUCAUCAACAAGUACAGCCGUUCAUAUUCACUUAUUUGAUUGGAUAAAUACAGGCAAGUUCCACGUGCCAUUUGCUCUCCAAGUAGAUCAACUGUCCGUUAUCAUGAUGCUUUUGAUCACAGGCGUAGGUAGUUUGAUACACAUCUAUUCCAUCGGUUAUAUGCAUGGAGAUGCUGGUUUCAACCGUUUCUUUUCCUAUCUAAAUCUUUUCAUAUUUUUUAUGUUGGUCUUAGUCAUGGCCAAUAAUUAUGUUUUGAUGUUUGCAGGCUGGGAAGGCGUAGGAUUAUGCUCUUAUUUACUGAUAGGGUUCUGGUACAAAAAUCAUGAUUAUAAUGCAGCGGCAAACAAAGCAUUCAUCAUGAAUAGAAUAGGAUUGAUCGCAUUUAAACAGAAUGAUAUCAAAAAGGUACUCGCCUACUCUACCGUCAGCCAAUUGGGAUUGAUGUUUUUUGCUUUGGGAUUGGGCGCUUAUGGCGCUGCAUUCUUUCAUUUAUUGACACAUGCAUUUUUCAAAGCUUUAUUGUUCCUAGGAGCAGGUAGUGUCAUUCAUGGACUUAAUGGCGAGCAAGAUAUUCGCAACAUGGGUGGAUUGAAGAGAUAUAUGAAAUCUACGCAUAUUGUUUUCCUAAUCGGUGUUUUAGCAAUCAUUGCGUUGCCACCAUUUGCAGGAUUUUUCUCAAAGGACAAUAUACUUACAGCAGCUUUUAUAAAGAGUCCGUUACUUUGGGUAAUGGCCUUGAUUUCUGGUCUAUUGACAGUUUUUUAUAUGUUGCGUUUAUAUUUUGUGGUUUUCCAAGGCAAAGAAAGAAUGGAUUCCAAAGUAGCUUCACAAAUCCACGAAUCACCAAUGGUUAUGUUGUUUCCAUUGUUUGUUUUGGCCAUACUUUCAGUUUUCGGUGGUUUAAUGAAUAUUCCUGAAUUGUUUCAUGGUACUAAAUGGCUAGAGAACUUUAUUACCCCGAUCGUCAGCAUGUCAGAUGUACAUUUGGAUCAUAGCACAGAAUGGAUGCUUUUAGGCUUUUCGUUAGUUGCUAUUUUGGUUGUAGGAUAUAUUGCUUACCAUAAAUAUGUACGUUCUUCUAUUGUCCCUGAGUCAGAUAUACAAACUGAUCAAAUGCCACUCGGUAGAUUGCUCAAAGAGAAGUUUUAUGUAGAUGAAUUAUACAAUGCUAUAAUUGUCAAACCAAUUUUCAGCAUUUCAAAAAUGGUGAUGUCGUUUUUUGAAGAAAAAGUCAUCCAUCAGAUUACCAAUGGCAGUGGACAAUUAACCUUAUUUUUAUCUGGUGCACUCAGAAAAACCCAAAACGGAUUUAUUAGCUAUUAUUUAUUUGCCAUGGCUUUGGGCGUAUUG